UAGGGCUAAACAUCCAUUCAGAAAUCGCAAACUCUCGCUAGUAGCAGCAGACAAACGAGAACUUGUUUCGCGAACGACCGAGAUUAUGCAAAUUAGAUGUCAGCACAUUUUUUCUAAUUUUCAUUGUUCUCUGAAACAUUUCUCUGUUUCCAGUUCAAGAAUUAUGGCCAUCGUUUGAUCUUUCUCGCAUCCCAUAUCUCUUCAAUAUAAUUCCAAACGGCCAGAAACUAAAUGCAGCACAGGAAAUGUUUGCAUUUUGGAAAAUAGUUAUCAAAUUGGAGAUCCUUUGAGAGAAAUUGGAAAUUUGCACAGGAAAAUACUGAUAGGCAUCACACCAUUCUGAAUAUUUAAGUUGUUACUGCAGAAACACAACUUGAUGGAAGACAAUACAGAAAAGGCAGACUACCAGUGUGAAAUUUGUGGCAUGCAGUUUUCGAACAAUUCACUGCUUAACCUGCAUAAACAGAUUCAUACUGAAGAGAAACCACCUAAUUGCAACAUAUGUGAAAAAACAUUUGCAACAAAACAACAGUUAGCUAGCCACAUAAUGGUUCAUACUGGAGAGAAACCAUUUGGCUGUGAUGUUUGUGGUAAAACAUUCUCAAGUAAAGUGUACAUGACUCAACAUAAAAUAAUCCAUACUAAAGAGAAGCCACAUCAUUGUGACAUUUGCAAUAAAACAUUCUCCAGGAAACACCAGUUAGCUAGCCAUUUAAUGGGUCAUACUGGAGAAAAACCAUUCUGUUGUGAUGUUUGUGGUAAAACAUUUACAAGUAAAGUGUACAUGACUCAACAUAAGAUAGUUCAUAGUGAAGAGAGGCCACAUCGCUGUGAUGUUUGUGGGAAAGCAUUUUCUAGAAAACCUCAGUUAACUAGUCACAAACUGGUUCAUACUGGAGAGAAACCCUACAACUGUGACAUUUGUGGCAGAGCAUUCUCAAGUAGAGGGAACAUAACACAUCAUAAAGUAAUUCACACAGGGGAGAGACCACACAAAUGUGACAUUUGUGGUAAAACAUUUCCACAUAAAGGUAAUGCAGUUAAGCAUAAAAUGGUUCACAUUGGAGAGAAAGCAUUACAGUGUAAACUUUGUAGUGAGACUUUCACAAAUUGUGAAGAACUAAAGAAACACAAGCAAACUCAUGCAGGAGAAAAACGACAUAACUGUGACAUUUGUGGUAAAGCUUUCUCUAGAAAAUCACACAUAACUCGACAUAGAAUGAUCCAUACUGGAGAGAGACCACACCAUUGUGAUAUUUGUGGUAGAAGGUUUGCUGAUAAUGAUGACUUAAAGAGACACAUAAUGGUUCAUACUGGACAGAAGCCAUACCAGUGUGAAAUGUGUGGUAAAGCAUUUGCAAAUAAUGGUGACCUGAAGAGGCAUCGACUAAUUCAUACAGGUGAGAAACCUUACCGCUGUGAUAUUUGUGGUAAAACAUUUUCAAGAAAAUCUUAUGUAACUACUCAUCAAACAAUUCACACAGGAGAAAGACCGUUCAGUUGUGAAAUCUGUGGUAAGACUUUCUUGGUUAAUAGUAACUUAAAGAAGCAUAUGACAAUUCAUGCAGCAGAAACCUAUCAAUGUAAUUAUUCAUUUGAUAAUGAAUUCAAGAUUUCUGAUGUUCUUCAAACAGGAGAAUGAUGUAAUGAUCCUGAAAGUUGUGAUAACACAUUGUUGCAAAAUGAUACUGCAAAGCAGGCAGUACAAAAUGGUUCUUUUUUCACAUGAGAGAAGCUAUCAAUCAAUCAAAAACUAUAGUCUAGGGAGGCCAUAGGUUUACAGCAAGAAACACUACCACCUCCCCACCAUGUUUCCAACCACAUAUUUUCCAUUAUCUUUCUCUUUGUCCAUUCCUUCAGUUUGCUCAACCCUAUUUUUGUUUUUUAAAAGCUCUUUUAGUAGUAGGGUUUGUCCAUUUGUAACCACAUUUGUCAAAGAUAGUAGCCAUGGUGCCACAUCAUUUUAUUUUCACUUUCAAUGUAGGCCUGACAGGAUACAUCAAUUGCAGCCCUUAAACACUACUCCUGGCUGUGGUUGGAUGAGUCUUCUGCAGCCCUGUAUCACCAGUCAGUACGGUUCUUUGUCACCUCUUCUGUGAGAUACAGCAUCUUCAAGUCAGCCGUUCACCACUUCAUUCCAUUUCUUCCAUGGGUUCCACCAUCUUGAAGUGCCCAGGACUGCAGUAUUCAUCCUCCACGAUCAUCACAUACCUAGACCAGCAUAGCCUUCUCUUUUGCAUCCAACAUCUGAUUUUUCUCUCUGCUCAUUUGUACUCUGGUAUUCAUGUAUACUAGAAUUACAGAUCCACUGGAGUAAGUUUGUAUCUUUUCUUUGUAGCCUUUGCAAGUCUUCUGCACUCAAGGCCCACAUCUCACUGUCAUGCAGUAUAGUAGUUCUCACACACACUUUAUGCUUCACUCUGAGGUGAGAAAAAAACCUACAUUGCCAACAGAGGUAACUAUCUGAAUUUUCUCCAACCUGUUCUUACCCUGGCUGUUGUAUUUCUGAACAAUCCUCUCUCUAGCUAACAGAAGUUAUUGACUACAUCCAGUGAUCCAACCAAGCAUUUAAGAGAGUCUAUUUUCAGUGUGUAUUUCUCCCAUAUACCUAAAACAUGAAACACUUUCACUGUAAGUCAACCUGUGGUCACACAUACAUCUUUUGUAUGUCCAUAGCUUAGGCUGGUUACAGCAUAUGGAGUUUAUACCAAGCUCACUAAAAAGUUCUAGGACAUUCCAUAAGACUCCUACACAUUAAAAUUAUACUUUUGUUUUUGUUUGUCAAUGUCUAUCAUAAACUCACAUCAAAGAUGAUUAUAAUAGAAUUAGCUUUGGUCAACAUUUCCAAACAUAGUAAUAUUAAUUACUUGUGGCAAUUAUUUCUGGUCAGCAUUACCAAAUAUGGUAUUAUUUGCCAGCAGUUUUGACUUUCAAACUUAAACAUUCCAGGUUCAAAUUUGGAGAAUAUCUGCUAUGGUCUGAAUGCAAUCUGUGUAUACUGAUAAUCUGGAUGUUGCAGGAUAUGAUUUACUAUUCAAAUUCUUGGUUCUGAUAUUGUUUUGAAGUCUUUACAAUGACGCUCUUCCUUACUGAUAUGAUUGUCGUACAAAGUUCUUGGCAUGGGUAGAACAGUUUGCUAUGGUCCAAACCAGUUCUUAUUGAGAGUUACUACCCUCUUAGAUAGGUUUGAGGGCCACAUCUCAUGCAUAUUUUAGUUUCUAUGGCUAAAUGCGCUUCCUAUCACCAACUACAAAAACGAUAUACUGGGUGCAUUUUAUAAAUGGCACCAGCAUGAGAGGAGUUAUCAUGUCCUCAGUAAAGUUAGGAUCCUCACCAUGUUGUCCUCAAUUGUUUUGUUUACCAACGGUUACUGAGUGCAUUUUAUCAUGGCAACAUCAUAAGUGGAUGAUAGAGUGGGGGUACCUUGUACCUCUUCAUUCUGGACACACACCCCACCAGUUUUAGAUAUCUGAUGUUUCUCUCACACUAUAUAGGUUUAUAUGUCUGACAUUUACUGUUCAUUUAUUUUCCCCUUGCUACUCCUGCUAUUACCUUUCUAUAGCUUUUUGUAAACCCUAUUCUAUCUCCAUGUUAUUACUACCAUAGAAGUGAUCAGUGGCUUGCAUUAGUUUUUCCGUUUAUGUAGUAGAAGUUUUCUAUCUCUGUCUCUAUCGGAAUAUCUAUUGUUUCAGUAAUAUAUGGAAGCUGACCUUUACAGAUAUUGCCAGUAUUCACAAACAGGCUUUCACUUAGUUGUUGUCUUUUCACAAUCCUUAUGGCUUGCAGCUAGCAUUUAUACUAAUGAUGAACCUGCUUGUGAGGAAUGGUGUGUGGAUCAGAUCUCAAAGCCAAGAAGAACAAAAUGAAUUUUGCUAUGAAACCACCUGACUACUGACUAGUUGUUUGACUCUAUCUGAAGUUACUGGUAUUGAAUCAUUUUAUUUGCAUUACAGCACUCUAGAAAUUGUGUUCCCUCUUUUCUUUUCUUCUUCAGUGCAAAAGAUACUACUGCUUCCUCUUACAACAAAUUAAUUUCCUUUGCUGUGAUUAUAUAAUAGAAUAAAAUUACAAUUGUUUACCUUUUGCGCUAAAUUUUACAAGAUUUUUUUGGCAUGAUCUGUAAAGUCUAUACUCUCUUACUGGUUUCAGUGACUGGAUUAUGACCAUGAUAGGGCAUUUCCUUUGAGGAUUUCUGUCAAUCAUAUCAACCCCUGUACUUUUUUCAGUUUGUUACUUUAUUGAUCUGCAUUUGACAAAUCACUAAGUUACACAUUUUGACACAAUACUGGUAAAUAUAAACAUAGACACACAAUCACACACACUCAAACACGUGUGUGUGUGUGUGUGUGUGUAUGAAAGGUAUUUACAGUCUUUGGUUACCAAAUUGCACUCACAAGGUAUUGGUCAACCUGAGUUAUUGUAGAGGACAGUUGCCCAAGGUACUGUACUGUGGAAUCAAACAUAGAAUCCUCAAGAUGCAAAGCAUAUUUCUUAAUUACACAGCAAUACUUGCAUCUAUGUGUGUUUACAUUACAGGAAAUGAUUUCUGCAUAAACAUUGGUCUAAUUUUAUUGCACAUACAUGUGCAGCUGUGGCCAUUGAUCUUGGCAAAAACGUUAUUUUGCACCAAAAAUAUAUAAAUAUGCUUAUUUGAGGUAAAAAGUCGAUUUGUUUGAGCACGUAUGAGCAUAUUAACGAAGAAUAAUAACACACUUGAACCAUAUGAACAAUAAUAAGGUGUGAUACUUAGUUAUUCAUCUUCCUCUCAAAAUUUGCAGUGGUGACCCCUAUGUUUUGAGAUGUCCAUGAUUCAUUUAGGCAUACUGGAAAUCAAUGAUUGAGUUAGUCCUAUGUUUACAAACCUCCAUUCUUGCUGUACAAAAGCCUUCAACUGUUCAAUAUUUGUUGAAUUUUCUCUGUCAACUCAGAUUUUAAGGAUGGACCACAAAUUUUCAAUAGGAUUUAAAUCUGGAGAAUUUUCAGGCCAAGGCUCCAAAAUUUCAAUACCUUUAUUUCCAAGAUACUUUUUAAUUAAUGCACGUUUCUUCACCAAACUGUCUCUCAAUAGUUAGAAGGAGAUGGUUUUCAAGGAUAUUUUGGUACCCUAUGGAAUUCAUAGAAAUGUUUUUUUGACAAAACUGACAAUGAUUCAACGCCCUUGGAUGAAAAGCAACUCCACACAUGAAUAGUUUCUGGAUACUUGACUGUGAACACGAUGCAGGCCUCAUCAUAGCAUUCACCUUGUCGCCUUCUGAUGAACCUUUUUCCAGAUAUCCCAAACAAUUGAAAUGGUGCUUCAUCAGAAAAAAUCACUUUGUCCCAUUGUUCAUUAGACCAAUUUUUAUAUUUUCUGCAAAAGGCAUCUCUGUCCUUCACGUUUCUUAUGGGCAAAAAAAGGUUUCUUUGCAGCACUCUGUGAAGCAAGACUAUUGUCAAGAAGUCGUCGUCUAACAGUUCAAGCAGAAGCCCUGACACCAGCUGAUUCCAACUCUUUAGCAAGCUGUUUGCUGCCGGCACUUUGAUCCCGCAAUGAAUUUCUCACCAAAGCCUUAUCUUGGCAGUCAGAGGACAGACAUUGACAACCAGGGGGUUUUUUUCACUGUCAAGGAUCCUGUCUCUUUGAAAGGUUUUAUAAUCCUGUACACAGUUCUUUCAGCUGCAAUGCCUUUAGCAACAAUAUCUUGUGUUGUUAGGCCAUUUUGGUAGAAAGAAAUUAUUGACUGACGUUUUUCUUGUGCCAAUGCCAUCCUUGCAAUAACAGAAAAUAAAAUUUGAAGUUUUUGUAUGGAAAAGAGCACACAUUAAUUAAAAUCCAAUCAUAAAAGGCUCAUGGCGUUAUGACAUCAUACUUUACUUACUGUUCUGGUUAUUAAGUAUUAGUUUGUAUGCGAUUCCAACUUGAAAUUAUGAAGAGAAAUGUGAUUUCCACUUGUAAGAAAUAUAACCAGUUCUGCAAACUGAUGAUUAUUUGCAGUAUUUAUUAGUUUUUCAACAGUUUUUCUUUCAAAUCUUAUUGGAUAACGGAUAACCUGUUAAAAUAAUAUUAAAUCAUUAACAUUCACAUGAUAUUUCACAUGAAGUAGCAAAAAAAAAAACUGUUUGCCAAAAUCAUUGGCCAUGACUGUACAUACACAUUACUGUAACUAUGAAAAAAUAACCAUAGUGUUCCUCCAAAAAGUGGUUGUUUGAGGAAUGUAGAUGUAACAAUGAGUCAGGUGCAGCUGGGUUUGUUGGUAAAAUUUAUGGUCAAUCAGAUUAUAUAUAUAUGAAGGUAGAAAAUGUUGUGAAUAUGUUAGAGAUGGUGGCUGAGGUGCUGAAAGCCUAACAUAAUACUAUAUAAUUUAUUGAAUCAAUUAGAGUAUUGUGUUUUACCCAGGGUCAGCAGUGUUUUGGCUGACCUCAAGUUUUCCAGCUGUGACAAUCCAAUUUUUGUCGUUUUUUAAACAUAGUCAAUUCAGGUUUAUCUUACAUGUCCUUCAUUUUUUUAACUGGUAGUGGUUACUUGGCUGCUAUUUCUUAUUGGAUUCUUCAACAAUUGUUUGAUAGCAUGUCAAAGGGGUGAAUUUAUAAAACUCUACUAUCUUUGAAUUUGCAGUAGAGGCUCAUUUAAUCAUGUUAACGAUAAUCAUUAUAUAGUGGCACCAUUCUAGAAACUGCUACAUAACUAAAUGAGAUGCAUUGUCAAUGCUACACAGCUAAAUAAAAUACAUUGGAGAGUGAGAAAUAAUAGAGGCCUCAAAUGUAUGGAUUAGCUACAAACGUUGAAAGACAGUGUAGUGUAAACAAGACAGAUCAAGGUUUAAGAUGCAACUGACAGUUGUUUAAUUUCAUUGUUCAUUAAGCCUUGAACUACCAAAGAAUUGAUCUUUAUAAAUUUAUUAAAACGAAUGUGAAUAUGAUAUUAAGAAAAAAGAAACUCAUGUAAAUGAAUUCAGUUUUGAAUUACUAUCACUGUAUGUGCAUAUGAUCUUAUAUUUUUAAUCUUCACAGUUGUCUACCUUUUUUUUUAUACAACUAAAGUGAUCAGUGAAAAAAAUGAAUCAAAAUAUAGCAAACCCCACAAGGUUUUUGAGUGACAGCCAUGUUCUCAUCAAAAUAUUGAAUUUGCAACCAAAAAAGAUGAAUUUGAACUUCACGACAAUCAGGAAUAUUGAUUUAAGUGGAUUUGUAAUAUUUUUCAUAUGAAACGCUUGGUAAAUACUGCUUAAUAUUGGUUUCAAAACAUUUGUUUAUGCUAUAGUAUAUGUGUUUUUAGCUUAAACAUUACAACCUUUAUUGAUGAUUACACCCUUCUCAGCAUUUUUCGUUAUGCUAUAUACAGCUAAUUAUUAUUUUUUUUUAUAUUGACCCUUUUUACCGAUUUGCAUUUUAGUGUGACCCAACCAUAUACUUUUAUAAUUUAUUGUCCCAUAAAUUAAAUGCUAUAUUUUUUAAAACAAAUGAAGGCAUAAUGUAACAAACACUAAGAGAGAAAAAAGAUUUACAAAAACAAUUUAAAACCUCCUUACAAGGGUCCAUUUGUAAUAUUUUCUAUCAUGAAAUAAAGUAACAUUGACUAUUUCUUAA